AUGCAAGAGAUCAUUUCGUGGGUUUUCAAUAUCUUGUAAAGUAUUGUGUGAAACUAACAAAAUGGCCAUAAGUAAAUGGGGAACACAUCCCUACGUAUUCACUCUGUGGCAGGUUGUAAUAGUUGUCGUACUAUCGGGAGAAAUUUUUGCACAAAUUAGUCAUCCUGCGUUUGAAGAUAGUAGCAACAUAUGCGACAAAUGCAGCUGUAUAAAGGCUAACAAAACGUCGAACGUACUGAGCUACGAUUUGCUCGACUGUGCGCGUCGCAACCUUCAGAACAUGUUAGCCGAGUGGCCGGAGCUUUUCGACACAGCCGAUCCGGAGCGUGAAAUUGUGUUCUCCCUAUCCGGCAACGGAAUCGUGCGGUUGGAACAACUACCGGGUACAAAAAGUGCGGUGGUUUUCAGCUGCCGCCAUUGCCUACUAGAAGUACUGGCUGCUGGCCUGUUUCUCGAAACUCCCAAUAUAUUGCGCGUCGAUCUUAGCUGGAACCGGCUCAACGGUGAUUCACUGCACGCGGAUGUUUUCCGUGGGCAAUUUGACGGUGAAUCCAUCACGCCGCUACCACUGGACGAGCUGGAUUUGGGACACAACAACAUAACGAGCUUGGCAAGGGAUACAUUCAAACAUAUCACUGGUUUGCGACAGUUGACGCUUUCCCACAAUCCAAUUAAUGAGUUGUCCGGUGUAACGGGACAGGCCAUAGCGAUGCUGGUGCAUCUAGAGAUGCUGGAUUUGUCCUAUCAAAGGCUGACGGCAGUUGACGAUCACGUAUUCGCCGAAAUGAAUACACUACAUGAGCUAAAGUUGCAGGGAAAUCAGUUUCUCCGAAUACCAGAGGCUGUCUUCCGAACAAUAUCGCUAGUAUCGCUGCAGAUCGGUGAAAAUCCUUUUGUUGAAUUUAGCAUUGAGAAACCUUUGCCCCAUCUUCGACAUCUCAAUGUCAGCAGCAUGCCGUGGUUGGGAAGCAUCGACGUGGACUCGUUUAAAAAUGCGAACAACCUAAGAACCCUUAUUUGCCGCAACACUACAGCCUUAGACAAAUUUGAUAUGCAAAUUUUUCAACAUGUUUCUGAACUGCAAGAACUGGAUUUAUCGAAUUCGAAUUUAAAGCACUUGAUACUACCACCGGAUGCCGUUGAUCGUACAGGAACCGGCCGUUAUGCGAAGAAUCUGGAAAAGUUGCUCUUACAAGGCAAUACCUGGCACUGUGAUUGCGAUCUCCAGGGUGUGCUCAAUUUGUUCGCCUACGACCAGCUUUCGGACACGGACGAAGAUGCGCGCUGCGAGAUGCCCUACCUGCUGACAUCGUUACACAUAUCGGAGCUGUCGUACCUCGAUGUGUGCGAUGUGCCUCUCAACGAAUACCAGAAAGGUUUCACUUACGAGAAGCCGGCGUUCCUGAGACCGAGAGCUAUAUUUUUAUCCUUAUUAUCGGUGGGCAUUGUGUUAGGAUUGGGAGUUAUCAUAGGACUGCUAGUUGUGUGUUUGAAACGUAGGCUGAGCAACAAUGGACUUGGAUUUACAUCUCCUGUACGGUAUACAUCAGUUCGCGACAGUACAUUAUCUACAGCUUACAAGGUUUAAAUAAAAGAG